AACCAUAACAUUAAAUGCUUACUCAUUUCUAGAGUAUUUCUGGAAAGCAGGUAGACUCUCCAUAUACUCGUUCACCUCCUAAGAAACGAACAGUACAGUAUAAUACACCCACACACAUAACGAACAGUACAGUAUAAUACACCCACACACGUACACAGUGAACAACACUGAUCGACUCACAUCAUAGGCCACCUUCACUCUAGAGAGGGACGCAGCUACCUCGGCUUGCUCCUGAUUAAAGCAUAGGGUGAGUGCAAUGCAACGUUAGGUGUGCAAUCAUUUACUUGCUUCCAUUUGAGCUUUUUUUCUUUGCUCUUUGCAGAUCCAGAUUUUUUCUAGUGGGAUUAUCAGAUCAGUAUAGAUAGCUUGCAGCAAUUAAAAAAAAAAGCUUGCAUGUAUUGUAGAGACAGAUUUUUGUGCAAUUCAUUACAGCAAUGCCUGAUUUACCUUCAAUGGACUAUGUGUACAAUGCAAUUUAGUACAAGUACAUGCAAGUAGCUUACUUUAGGUGGCAUGUUGAUCAUCAGUUAGUUCCUCAGAGAGGUUUGCUGCCACGUGGGUGCUCCUAAACGGGUCGUUACUACGAAAAGUGAAAAUGAGUACUAAUAGCAUGCAGCUGGAGUUUUCUCAUAGAGAUUUUCUCUCUGUCAUUAUCAGUACGCAGUAUAUGCUAGUACUAGUGGAGAAUACUAUAAAACCAAGUACCUGCCUGCAGUGUGAGGUUGAGGUUGAGAAAAAUGGAGAACAAGCAAUCAGCGGAACCUUCCUGUGAAGAUACAAAGUGUGCUACAAGAUCUACACCAUCAGUUACAACUGUCAGCCCUUGGACUUCUGUUAUUGCACAAAGCCGCAGCAUUCCAUCUUCUCUACUGCUGACUGAUCGACCCUUGAUCAUACUGAGUGACUCCAUGUUUGCAAGGUGUCUAGCACAGGGCAAUGUUCCUGGAAACAGCUACCCUCCAAUGAGCUUACUCUCUCAUCCUCCAGAAAUUACCGUCUUACCGGAUGAACCUUAUAAAGUGCAACAACUCUGCUUACCUCCUGUGCCACCAGUGACAGUAUCUACCGAUGAGGCUGUACCUAACCCAUUGAUGGUGACUCCUGAACUUGAUGCAGCACAGAGUGGAGGCUGCUCUGAAGUGUGUGUAAUACCAGACUCUCCCUCGUGCUCGAAUAUACCCGACAUCGACGUACAGAACACGCUAAAACCACCUGAUGAUGGUACUGGAUUUGGAGAGGAAAUUAUCAAUGCUUUGGCUACUAGCAUCGUGUCUCUCUCUAAGCAGGAGACAAACGACCUUCCUAGCAACCCUGAACCAGUUGAGAUGCUUGCAACUCCAGUAACCGAACAUAAAUCAAAGCCGUUGUUCGGCUGCACCUCGCAACUUAAUCUGCCAACCGUAUCACAGAGCUGUUUUCAGAAUCCGUUUGUCGACUUUGUGGCUGAAAAAGAACAACUGCUAGAGGAUUCAGACAGUGAACUUGAGAUACAUAUACCUUCUCUACAGUACAAUGAAGAUAUUGCCCAGAACAAUAGCAAUUCAGGAAGUAUUGACCAAGAACAAUGUGUUGAAUCAUCACCCCCUAUGAAUGAAACGGCAGAUUGUGGUCCAAACACAGAUGAAAGCCGUAAGAAAUCAGAUCAAGUUGAACAGUGUGAAGAGCCUUUAGCUAAAAGGCAAAAAAUGGAGAUAACUGAGCCUGUAGAAGAUAGUGUUAUUCCUCUCUCAGUACCAUUGAGUGAAUUUCAACCAGGCCUACCCAUUGUUCGAAUGGAUGUUAUUGACAAAAACAAUGAAGUGACGCAAUGUGAAGCUAUCCACAUGAACGACAUCUCAACUCUUCCAAUGAUGAUUGAGCCUGCCUUGCCUGUACCCUACCCUCAAGAGCCCAAUGAGUGGGUUGAUGAUGGCCUGGACACGGUAGAGGCAGCUCUCCCCAUCGAGUGUGCCCGAGAACACGCCCUCAUCCCCAACCUACCACGAUGUGCCCAGCAGGACGACCUGGACUCUGAUGACAGCGAUGAUGAGGAGAAAGACGAAACAGCAGCCAUUGUAAUUAUUGGCAACCUACCUGACCAUUCUUCUCCAGUACGAACGUAUGACAUGACACCGAGCCCUCAGCAGACAAGUCUCAGCCCCGUGUUGGAAUAUCAAGUCGUUCCCAAUGUGCUACCCCUGGAUUCUUCGUUCUCGUCUCUCUACCCAGAUGAGCAGGAUGAUAAAUUGGAGCAAAAAACUACCUCUUUGGAUGGUGUCAACAUUGAGAAUAUGGACAAUACUUCUGUGAUAGAGUUUGCCCUAGAAAGAAUGGAGUCUCAGCAGAGCAAGACGACCCAGACGACCCAAACUGUGCGCCUGAUUGAUCUUAGCGAUGACGGCGACAAAAGCAUGAGGGUGGAUUCUAAACGGCAAAAUUGCUUCUCUUUCAGACACAACGUUAACACAGGUGUGGUGUCAGAGCUUUGCCCUACUACUAGACUCAAUCUGAGCAAGCCAAAACUUCGACUGGGUCUCUCCAAGAGAGGCAAGCCCGAUAGAUUCAAUUAAGCAACUUGUUAGAGCAUCGAUCAUCGCAGCUGUACUGCUGUGUAUCGCAUCACUUCCUCAUGCCUCUUAUGUUAUGUGUUCUACAUGUAACAUGUAUCUAAUACAUGUAUAUUUAUUCCAUGCUGUACGUAUUAUAUAAGAUUGUGAAAUAUUCUAAUCGAUAAAUAUUAUUGUCGUGUAUCAAUUA